AUGCCUUUGUUUUGUUUGGGAAGCUCAUAUGAACUGGUGCUUGCUGCAAAGGACAUAUUUGAAAGAAGAAGCUUACUAGUUGAUGCGAGCAGAACAUCAUUGCUUCUUGUGUUCUCAGGCGCUUUGCUUAUGGUGUUCCAGGGUCAAGCGUACAAGAACAUUGCACUUUCAAUAGUAAUUAGAUUAUCAAUGAUUGCGAUCGAUCCAACAAUAUGCACUAGAAUCGUGCAAGCCGAUGAAGUUGGAAUUCUUUCAAGCAUUAUCGAAGUUUUCAACAGGGCGUUGUUGAGAGAGUUGUUUUUCUGUGCAUUAUGCAUCUGCAUAGCAUUUGUCACAAACACAUGUGUAGUUCCGAUUCUAUGGUUGAUUUCUGCAAUUGUUGGAUCAUCGCUUGCAAAUAAGAUCUUCACGAGCGCUUUAGUUGAGACUGGAUCCGGAGAGAUUGUCUCGCAUUUCAUAUGCUUCUAUGCACUUGUUUUGAUUGUAGGGAGAUUUGAGCAGAUUAAGAACGCAUUUUAUGCAGUUUUCUUUAGUUCUAUUGGUGUAAUGCUGAUGUGGAUUGUUCUUGAGAUUAUUUUGAAGCGUGACCUGGGUGUGGAUGCAGUAAAUCAGGUGAUAUGGAAGUCGCCGAUUAGGAUUUUCAGAAUACCACAGGCAUAUCCAUUUAUUGCGUUGAUGGGGAUUGGAGUAGGAUUCCAGAUGAGGAUGAAAGGGCUGUUUAUUGCAAUGAAGAAAUGGAGACGAAGGAUGGCUGUGGUUAUUAGAAAGAGCGAGAAUAAGAUAAUAGAGGCUUGA